AUGGCGGGCAAAUCCAAAGCCCCUCAACCGGCCUGUGUCGAGGACUUUGACGAAGUCUCCCAUGACGCCGUCCCGCAUAUGACUCAGGGUAUUCUAGUCGCACCGCAGCCACCGCCAACAGCACCCAAUCUGGCCCGUCGGGCGGGAGGAGCCCCCCCAGUCCUUCAUAAGCUGGACAUGCCCAAGCAUGACCAAGUCGACCUUGCACGACGACCCUCCAGCCGUAAAGAACGCCGAGACAAGGAACGUGCUCGACCAACGCGCGACGAGAAGAUGCACACGGGUGCCUACCCGGCCGCCGUCUACCAUCAAACUCAUGUGCAGAGGUCGCCAUCCAAAUCUCGCAGACGAGACUCUGUUCGUUAUAACGAAGACUACCACUACAACUACGAGGCCAGCCCCUACUACCACUCCUCCACCCCCGUCGAGACCCGCGCAAUGGACUUCCCUCCCUACUUUGCCCGUCCACCCAUGCCCGACUACCCACCGUCGUCCCCUCAGAGCGCUCGCUACCCACCCAUUAUCGCCCACGAGGAAUACCACACGAGUCGUCCUACUCGGUCCAGUCGCUCAAACUCACACCGUGCCUUGUACCACCAGGACCGGCCCGUGAUGGCCCAAAUGGGUCCGCCCCACAUGUACCAACCGCCGCCGCCGCAGCCCAUGUAUUACGAGCAUGGUCCUCCCCCAUCACAUUCAGCAUAUCUCCCACAAUAUUCCUCUUCGCCAUACGGAGGCUCGUACUAUGCUGGGUCUGAGUAUGCCGUUCCCACGGAAUAUGUACGGGAACGAUCACCGUCUCGCACUCGGGAGCCUUCUCGGCCCCGCCGUUCGUCAGUAUAUGGGUACCCACCCCAGGCCCCGGAUGAUAUGUUUGAUUGGGACGAUGGGGAAUUUCUGGAUCAAUAUCCUUCUCGAGAGCCCCAACCACGAGAGCCUCGCGAUUCUCGGGAACGUCGUAUGAGCAAGCCGCCUGUGGUCACUCAGGCACGGGACGAGGAUUACUACAAAAUGCCUCCCCCACCACCUCGGGCCCCGAAAGUCAAGGCUGCACCGCAGAUUCACCAGAAGCGACCGCCGCCGCAAAAAGCUCAGACGACGCAGGCCAUUCCGAGGGAGUCACAACGCCGAACAUCUCGAACCCUGGACAUGGGGGACAUGGCAGCCGCACUGCCAGAUGUUGUCAGUCGUCGCCUGUCUAGAGAAGCCAGGCUGCCUGAGCGCAGCCACAGCCUCCGUGACAGCAAGCGAUCGACCUCCUACCAUGACCAUGCUCGGGGUGCUCAGAUUGCCGUGGCAAACUCCAGGUCCAACCGCCCACGACCACAGCAGUAUUACUACGAGGACGCCGGAAGCAUUGACCUCGGAGAUCGCGAGCGAGAAGUUGAGCGAGAAGUUGAGGAGUAUCAAGCACAAAAGACUGGUCGUCCGGCUACUGCGAUGCCCUUAUCGACUGAUGCCCUCAUUCCUAAGUUGGGCAAUGGCACAGGAAGUGAACACGGCAGUCAGAAGAGCCGAUCCAGCGGCAGCCGCCACAGUGGGUCGAAGGGUGACGGUGAAAGCAAGAAUAUCAACCUCGAGGUCAAUGGAAUGACGAUUGGAUUCACCGAACAAGGUAUUGCUGGCAAGUCUAUCAACAUUCGGACUGGCGACUCCGGCGGCGUUCACUUGAACAUUGCUGGGGGCCGCAAGCCUCAUCAAUACCUCACUGGUGGAUCUACUUACUCCGGUUAUACGGGAGGCAGUGAUCCACGGGAUCUCGAAAGUGUGCGACGCCCACGCGAGCGCGAUGAACCGCGGUCAGAGCGUUCUAGCCGUCGGACUAGCCAGUCUACAUACGGUCGGAACCGCCGGUACCAGGCAGUGUAA